AUGGCGCGAAAUUCCGAGAAAGCACAAUCCAUGCUGUUCCGCUUUCGAGCGCAACAAGCAUCAGAUCUAGGCAUAAUCGACAUCAAUCGCACGCGCCGACCAAAGGCCAUUUCACAACAAGAACACAUUCCCACUUGCGAACGAUGGCGAGGCCAAGUGCUCAAGGAAAUCAGUCGCAAAAUCACAAAGAUCCAGGACCCUGCGCUUAGCGACUACCAGAUUCGCGACAUCAACGACGAGUUGAACAAACUUUUCAAAGAGAAAUGGCAGUGGGAAAUGCGAAUACGAGAGCUCGGUGGGCCGAAUUACAUGCGUGGUGGGGGGAAGAUGACUGAUGAUGAAGGACGCGUGAUAGAAGGUGGUGGGAAGGGGUAUAGGUAUUUUGGCAGAGCGAGGGAGUUGCCUGGCGUAAAAGAGCUGUUUGAGGCUGCGACGCAGAUGCCGGAGAAGGAGACGAAGGAGACGAGACAUGAUCUGAGAGUAAGGGUGGAUGCUGGAUAUUAUGGAUACAAUCUGGACGAGGAAGAUGGCAGUCUGUUGGAGUACGAAGCACGCAAGGAGAAAGAAGCAUUUGAGGCGCUUAUGGCACAGGGUGACGAGGUUGGAACAGAAUUUGAGCCUUUACCUGGUGACUCGGGAGACGGUGUGCCUUGGAAGCUGCCUACGGCGGAAGAAGUCGAGACCGAACUCCUGGACAGGCGAAAGAGGAAACUACUUGACAAACUCUGA